GCCCAUUUACCAUCUCAUGCUCAGCAUUUUGGAAGAAGAGGCCCCAAAAAGCAUUAGAACCGGAUUCUCACUGAACUAGGAGUAAUAAUAAAGAGUAGAAGAUGAUCAUCACGGUCAAGACCUUACAACAGAAGACUUUUAAGAUAGAGAUAGAGGAAUCAGCCUCGGUUUUAGAUUUGAAAAAGGCAAUAGAGGCGAACCAAGGAGAAGCAUUCCCAGCUGCAGGCCAGAAAUUAAUAUAUUCAGGUAAAAUUUUAAAUGAUUCCCAGCCGCUAUCAGACUACAGUAUCCAGGAGUCGAAUUUUGUCGUUGUCAUGGUGAGCAAGAUAAAACCACCUCCUGCUCCGACGCCAAAACCACAAGAAACUUCCAGCACCUCUAGCAGUAGUACCCCAUCCACAAGUGGUGCUACGCCCCAACCAUCGUCCAGUGCAACAGCUCCAACUACCACUAGCGCCCCAAGUGGUACAACUGGUACUGAGUCCACUGAUGCCGGAGCUGGUGGGGGACAGACGAGCUCAACGGCCUCCUCAUCCUCAGAAUUUGACCAAGCCUUGUCGACACUAGGUAUGUCACAUGACACCAUCACAU